UCUUUCUGUCUCUAUUGUUCCAUCUCUUUCUCCUGAAACUUGCCAAAUUCCUUGUGUUCAGCUCCCUUAAAAGUCACCCCAUUUCAUUCUCUUCCUUAUUCCCCUCUCUUUUACUUUCUUUUUUUUUAUUAUUAAAACCAUUACCAAACAUUAUGCCCUUUUCUUACUUUUAACCUUGAAGGAACAACUAAUUGCCUUGAUCUUACUCAAAAACAAAAAUCAUCUCAGUUGUUUCCUUUUUAGGUAAUCAAAUAUUUCUCUAGACGCAAAAGAAAUGUGGAUGAUGGGUUACAACGACGGAGGAGAUUUUAACAUGCCGGAUUCGUUUAAUGGAAGAAAGCUUCGUCCAUUAAUGCCAAGAGUACCUCAUGCUCCUACGGCUACUGCUACUAAUCCAAGUAAUUGCUUAAGAAAUUUUCAUGGAGAAAACUUUAUUGCACUUAAUCAUCAUCAGCUUGCUAUGAGUGAGCAAAAUAAGAGAGAUUUCAAUACGCAAUUAGUAGUGAGCUCACGUUGGAAUCCAACUCCAGAACAACUGCAAACGCUGGAAGAGUUGUAUCGACGCGGCACGAGAACUCCGUCAGCUGAACAGAUUCAGCACAUCACUGCUCAACUUCGACGUUAUGGGAAAAUUGAAGGGAAAAAUGUUUUCUACUGGUUUCAAAAUCAUAAGGCUAGGGAACGCCAAAAACGACGCCGUCAACUUGAAUCUUCUGCUAAUGGUAACGGUAAUGGUGGUGGUGGUGAUGAUCAGUCUCAGAGUAUUUGUAACGCUGAAAAUACCGAAAGAAAAGAAUCAGGGGCAAAUAGGACAGUUUUUGAAAUUGAACAGACCAAGCACUGGCCAUCCCCAACAAACUGCAGUACUCUUGCAGAGAAAACUGCAGCAAAAACAAAGGCAGCAGCAACAGUGGCAGGAGCAACAGCAGCAGGAGUGGCAGAAUCAUGUAGAGUAGCAGCAGCAGAAAGAUGGAUACCAUUCGAUGAAGGAGACCAAAGAAGGAGCCUAUUAGCAGAAAGGAAUGCCACGUGGCAGAUGAUGCAUUUGUCUUGUUCACCACCCACCACCAACAACAACAACAACAACACCAAUUUUGGAACAAUUUGUACUCCAAUUAUAAGGAGUUGUCCAUCAACGCCAAGAACAAUUGACCAUCAGACAAAACAACUUUUCAAGCCCAAAGAUCAUCUAAACAUCUUUAUUGCACCUUUCAGAUGUGAUCAAAAACACGAAAACAUCAUCGGAGACGAUGAAGAAGGCCAUGGUCAUGAAGCACAGACCCUUGAAUUAUUUCCCCUCCGCAGCAGCAAUGACAACAAUGAUGAAAAUAAUUUUUCAGACAAGGAUGAAAUUGGGGCCGCUGCGAACUUGAAUAAUAAUUUUAGCGGUAGUCAUUAUCAGUUUUUUGAGUUCCUUCCACUCAAAAACUGA